AUGACAGGAGGACAGAAGCCGUCCUUUUAUUCACCAUGCCGUAAGUGUGGUAAGCGUCAUCCUGGAGAAUGUCAUAGGGGAUAUGGAGUCUGUUACCGAUGCGGGAAACCAGGACAUAUGAUUAGAGAUUGUCCCAACGCCAUGCAAGGUAGUGGAGCUGGUGAUCACAAGCCAAGGCCCCACAUCCCGGCACGCGUGUAUGUAGUAACACCAGGUGAUUUUGAUGUUAACGCACCUGAAAUUGACGAAGCUGGCAUCAUGACUGUAUUAAUUCCCGACGGGAAUACAGUAUCUUGUACCCAUUUAGUUAAGGAUUGUCUGUUAGAGUUAGAAGGAAGGACACUGAAGGCUAACUUGUUAGUAUUCGGUCAGAUGGAAUUCAACCUAAUUUUGGGGAUGGACUGGCUUUUCAAGCACUACGUUAAAAUAGACUGUCAGAAACAAGAGGUUGUGUUUGAACCCCCAACUGAAGACAGUAUGAGUUACGCGGGAACAUCAGUUAAGGCCACCCCACCUUUGAUCUCGACGUUGCAAGCUAGGAAGUGUAUCGAUGAAGGAGUCUCAGCGUUUCUAUUGAUAAUUGUAGAGGAGACAGCCGAAACUAUAGAAAUCCAAGGGAUACCUAUGGUUGAAGACUUUCUUGAAGUUUUCGUUGAUGAGUUACUUGAUUUACCACCGGAUAGAGAAGCAGAAUUCCAAAUAGAGUUGGAGCCGGCAACAAUUCUGGCUCACAAAGCGCCGUAUCAUAUGGCUCCUACCGAAUUGAAUGAGUUUAAGCUACAAUUGGAGGAACUUUUGGAGAAGGGUUUUAUCCGCCCCAGUUCUUCACCGUGGGGAGCACCUGUGUUAUUCGUGAAGAAAAAAGAUGAGUUUAUGAGGAUGUGCAUAGACUAUAGAGAGUUGAAUAAGUUAAAAGUCAAGGAUCAGGAUGUGCUGAAAACUGCCUUUAGGACAAGAUUAGUAAAAGCAGAGCACCAAAAGUCAGCCGGUAAAUUGCAGCCAUUGCCAAUCCCUGAAUGGAAAUGGGAGGAUAUUUCAAUGGAUUUUAUAGUGGGAUUUCCAAGGACCUCAGCCUGA